AAUUUGGAGCAGAGGAGCGAAAGACCUUGGAGGGUCUCACCCAAAACAACAAACUACCAAUGGGCACCGUCGCCUAGCGUUUACCCGACCAACCUUGCUUUUGGUGCAUUACCAACAUCACCAACUCACCAAAAUAAAAGGUCUUCCAUCUUUCCAUCUUCCACACGGUCGACCCUUUAGAGGACGGGGAAAAUGGCAGCAAUUCCAUCCAGCGGUUCCCUCAUCGCCACCCAUGAUUACUACCGAAGGCGCAUUGGAUCUACAUCCAGUAACAGUUCCUGUAGCAGUUCGGAGUACACUGGGGAGGUCAUUCCACACCCACCAGGUCUGGCACGUCAGGACUCUGGCCACUGGUGGUCCAGUUUCUUCUUUGGGAAGCAGAAUCAAAUGGGAACACCCAACGGAUUUGAGUCCCAGCAGAAGACUGGCACCUACACAGUGACAAACGGUCAAGUGACCUGCGUCGCUCGCGAGAUUGUAAUGAAGAGGCAUUUGAGUGAGAGCAGUGACUCUGGGAAGGAGCCGGGUUCACCCCUGCCCUCAUAAAGCACACACCACCACGCACCCCACCCUCAUCCAGGAGUCACCGUGGGCCGGCGCUGGCGACGGAGGCCCUGCUUUUUUUUUUUCUCUCUUAUUCUUAUUCUUUUUUUAGUAAAAUCCGGCUGCUUUUUACGUCAUGCUAUAUAGUGCUCUUUUUUUUUUAUUCCUGACCAAAUAAACUUUGUAAAGCUUUAAAGUGCAAAAAAAAAAGGAAGCUUUCUGUAUGACGAGAGUUUUAGUGUAGGUCACUGUAUCACUGGGUGCACUUUGCAAUUGUGUUCUUAUACUUGUUAUAAAUAAAUGACUAACUGCAGCCUAAA